UCCACGCUUUUGGAAUGACGUUCAUCGGCGCUCGCGAAACACGUUGCGGUAACAUUUCUAGACUCGGUGGCUGACGUCGACUUUGUUGCGUGCGAGCUCGACGAUCUCGAGCUUUGCGUACGCUAGGAUGAGGAUCUUGCUCGGUUCGCACGAUGCUCCCCCGUGAUUCACCCGUUAUUCAUAUUGGAUUUUAUGCUAACUCGGAAUGAAGAAUCAAAAUCCGCAAAAUGUAGUCGUCGCGUGGAUCGCGCGGAGCGCGACGUGUGUGCGUGCGACUUCGCUUUCAACGACGCGGCUGCACUUUUACGCAUUCGCAGUCGAGAGUCGACGACUGUUCCUCCCCUUUUAUUCAAAAGUGCAUCGUCGCGCGGGAACAUCGAUGCGCGCAAAUUUCACAUCGCGAUCAUAAUCCGUGGUCGCUCGGUAGAAUCCGAUUUCGAUGAAGUCUCUCGCGAGUCAUCCGCGCAAUCUUACGACGCAAAACUUAUUCCCAGCGUAUCUCCCGGUGAAAGUCGACAUGGCCGAGCUCGCAACGACCGCCAGCCUCGCUUGUAACUACAUCUGCGUUAUUGUGUCUAUUGUACAUUUGUCCGAGUGUUGUUCUACUUAGCUAAGUUUGUAUUAUCUUGGAUAUAUCUCGUUGAGUUCUUUCGAUCGCGCCCACGGAGGUGGGUCGUAGACGAAGCGUGGUUUCGUGGCGACGAAGGUUCAGGAAGAGGCUCGCACCUGUACAUAGCAGUAUCCCGCGCGCCUCCUCCGGCUGCUUUCGGCCAGCCGAAUUUCUCGGAUAGCACGAGCGUUUUCAGACGCUCCCGUCGCGUCGUCGCGUCGUCGCGAUCUCGCCCCGAGACGCUCUUUACGUUCGCGAAAGGCGGCGGCGGUGGCGGCGAAGAAACCACGACUUCGACGUGAAAAUUGUCGUCACUUUUGAGCGCUCUGUUGGCAUGGCCUGGUUUCACGUAACUUUAUCGUUGAGAGAUGCACCUUCUUCUUCCGUUGAGAGUUCUUCUCCGUUCCGCUCGACCAUGACAGCGAUCUGCUUCGUGUGCAACCUGCCGAUCCUGAGUCAUCAGGUCGGGCUGAUAUGGCAAGGCGGCAACGGCUGGGACGACCUCGUGCGCGAGCAAGUGGAGGAGUCUACUUUGAAGCAACGACUGGGGACAGGCAGACGGGACUCUGCGGCGCAGAUCACGUCGAUCUCGCCGCCGGAUGACACCCAGGAGUCCUCACCGACGAAUCAACGCCGUCGACGAUCCAGCCUCGCUCAGCUGACUGACAUCCUGCGCGAGUGGAGCGGCGGCGGUGCCUCCGGGAAGAGCGGACGUGGUAACAAGCUCUGUCGCAGGGAGACCUUGGCGGACAUCGCAAAGUCGCUGCCAUGGUCCCGGCAAACCACCACGGACGCCAGCCACCUGGUGAGCAUGCGGAAGAGACGGGAGAGCUCGGUCGACAGCGGCAUCAGGAGCCAGGUGUCGGCCAAGUCCAGGCGGGACUCCGCCAUCAGCGACUUCAAGAAUGACCUCGCCAGGCUGUGGAGCAAGAAGGACGCGCCGCAGACGCAGCCACCUCCCACGGUCAUCUCGCCCACGCCGCGACGAGGCUCAGGCGAAUCGAGAAACUCCCGUCGCGGCUCAGGCGAGAGCCUGAGAUCCAGGAGGGACUCGAUGAUCACGGCACAGUCCACGAGUAGCGAGCGUAAACAUAACUGUCGUCACCAUAGACGCAGGCAGUCUCAACAGUCGGUCGACGGGGGUGGCAUGACGCCUACAAAAUAUUACAGGAACGACCAAAGACCGAGCGCCUCCAGCACAGACAGCGCGGCCAGUAACGCGGUCAGGGAACACCUGGAAGCUCAGAGGAAUUCCAUGGACAGGUCGAGCAGUACCGAGACGAAGACCCAAUCGCCGGGUCUCCUCAUGACCAACGCGAAGACGACGGUGGCGACGUCGACGUCCUUGAUGGUCGACAGCAAGACGCCGGUCGUCGCCACGAUGACCGAAUCGAGGACGUCGAUGGUAACGGUAAACACCUCAGUGGCGAUGCCCACCCUGUCGACCUUGUCUGUGGACACGAAGGCCAUGGCCGAUAGCAAAUAUGCCAAUCUGGACGCAUCUGUGAACCCGCCGACUAUCGUCAUGUCCUCGGUGACACCACCGGCGAUCUCACCGACGGUCGGAAGCAACCUCCCGCUUCCCGGCACCUCGACUUCCGGCAGCUCCAGCCCGGUCGGCUCUCCGAACGUCAACAAUACACCUACGCAUCCGUUGCUUUCCACGCGAAGGGACUCGACUACGCAGUGUUACUACAAAGGCAAAGAAGUCUCGCCGAACAAAUUGUCAAGACUGACGCGCCAGCAGGCAGCGAUAGACGAAUCGAUGCCGCCCGCAGGACGUCGUGGUAGCCAACCAACCCUGUUACCCGAUCCGGACGAUGGGGGUCGAAAAGCACGGAGGGAUUCUUUGAGCCCGGACUCCGCUUCCUACCCGCGACGACGCGAUUCAAAGAGUCACCUGAGCCCCGAUAGGAACGUCGAUAAGAGGGAUAUCAGCCCUAUCAGGCAGAGGAAAGCUCGACUGAGGAGGCAGUCCACUUCUAUGGCUGGUCGGCCACCGAGGUCGCCCGACAGUUCCUCCUGUUCGUCCAGGGAUCCCAGUCCUUGCGCCCGUGCACCGAGCGGCAUCCAGCACGCGCCGAUAAUACGACGGCAAUCCACUACGGAGGAGAUCCUGAUAGCGCGCGGAUUUCGACGGCAGAGCACCACCGAGGAGAUGAUACGAUGCCGUAACUUUCGACGACAGAGUUCUCAAAGCGACGACACGGUUCAAAGAUACCGCGGUCGAAGGGACAGCUCGGCUCAAAUCACGGACGGCACUUUCGCGACGAUGACGGUCGAGACGUCCAGCACCUUCUUCGACAGCAGCACCCAGACUGAACCCUCGCCGUUGUACGACAACAACCACUACCACGAGGAGUGCCUAAAAUGUAACAGCUGCGGCCUGAAUCUCACGGGACCCAAUCAGAAGCGGGCGAGACGGUUCAAGAACCAGAUACUUUGCGAUCUGCACUUUGCCGACGUGGCGCUGAUGGAGUGCUCGGACUUCAUGCAGCAGUUGCGCAGCUUCAAACCACAAAGUUUAGGCUGCGCAGUUGCGAGAAGAAAGUCCUCGACCACCUUGAUCUUCCCGCUGCCACCUCAGGCGUGCUCCGAUGAGUUCUGCCAAGAGUUUCCGCACAAUCUGUUACCGACGCCCGGCUAUUGGAUCGAGUGUUCGCGGCAGCAGAUCGCGUCGGACACGAUCUGGGACGAGACCGAGAGCGAUCGCGAGGCUACCGAUCCCGAGCACGUGGAGGAGCAGUUGGAGUCGUCGUCGAUGCUAAAGCGGCAGGGCGACAGCUUCUGCCUAUUUGAGGAGAACGAGGUCGACACGGACGAUGUGCCACGGAAGAAGACCGUCAUCGAGGAGCAGUGGGAGAAAAAUCUGGGCUUCGAGCUCACCUCAGUCGAGCAGGAGACCUAUGAGAAGUAUUUCUACGGCUCGGAGCACUGGAAUUACUUCACGAACGACGAGGAUCUCGGACCGGUGAUACUCAGCAUCAAGCAGGAGACGCUCAACGGCCGGGACCAGUUCAGGAUCCUGGUCAGAGCCAUCAGCUACACGGUCCACGGCCUCAUACCCGCCAGCUGUGUCUUUGCCGACCGGUACAAUCGCGAGGAAGUGGUACGUAGCCUUGGCAAGGAGGUGAACAUCAAUCCGCCGUUGACUCUAGGCCAAUUGCCGGACACGCCCGAAGAACUUCUGAAGCUCGAUCAAGUUUUUAUCAAGUCCGAGCUGAAGGUGGGGGUGAUGUAUGUCCAGGAAGGUCAGUACAACGAGGAGGAGAUACUCGACAACAACGACAACUCGCUGCUCUUCGAGGAGUUCCUCCAGAUUCUCGGCGACAAGAUCAGACUGAAGGGUUUCGAUAAGUACAAAGGCGGUCUCGACACCGUGCACGAUUUGACGGGCCUAUAUUCUGUCUACACCAACUGGAGGGGUAUCGAGAUAAUGUUUCAUGUGUCCACUCUAUUGCCUUACGAGAAGCACGACCCUCAAAAGCUCCAGAGGAAGAGACACAUCGGCAACGAUAUAGUGUGCGUCGUGUUUCUGGAAGCCGACAACACGCACUUCAGUCCAUCUUGCAUCAAGUCACAUUUUUUGCAUACGUUUAUCCUGGUGCGAGUGAGUCCACGGAUAAAGCGGAAGAUCACGAGAUACGAGGUGUCCGUGGUCACGAGGGACGAAGUUGGGGCCUACAAGCCGUAUCUAUGGGAGCAAAGUGUUUUCGAAAAAGGUCCGAUGUUCCGCGAAUGGAUUUUGACGAAAAUCGUGAACGGCGAGAGGGCGAGUUAUUCAGCGCCGAAAUUCGCGAGAAUGCAGGAGAGAACGAGGAGUCAAAUGCUGGAGGACAUCGUGGCGAAUCUCGCGAAUCACGCGGAGACCGGGCAGAUUCCGAAGCCGUACAGACGAGGUUCUUGGCGACCGAUUGGACAUAUGAGACCGUCCUCGCCGUUGCUGGACUCGGUACGAGAUCAAUUUGAGGACUAUGAUCAACUUGCGAAGGACUUCACUCGAGUGUUCCUCAAUAACUCAGCGAACGUGACGCUAAACGCUAGUCUGUUCGACGUCUCCUUCCUCGUGCCGGGACAGCAAAAACAAAAAGUCAGAUUCAUCGGUGUUAGGGCGAUUUUAGCAGUGAGAAGCAGAGUGUUCCAAGAAAUGCUGUACGGUAUUCAAGCGGGUUUUGGAAGCCCGCAGGUACCAGUCGCCGAGUUACUGGCGAGACCGGCGCCGACGUUGCUCAGCCCGCAGAAACCGAAGAGCUCGAAUUUCCUUCAAGUUCCCGAUGUAGAAAGUCCUAGGCCCAAAAGCGUCCCCUCGUCGCCGAUGGUGAAACGGGCCUUCUCACGAUUGGGCACGAUCACCGCGGGAUGGGGUAGGAGCAUCAGGAAGCACGGCAGUGGGACCCUGCAGAGCGAAGAUCGAAAACGAUGGGCCAGCUCGCAAGACUGCAGUAACAAGGAAGCGAAAGAUAAGGAUAAAGCGGCCCAGUCACUAGCAGUGCCAAGGCUCAGCGUUUGCGCGGACGCGCAGAAAGUAGAUAGAGCGAAACUAGCACAGACCGAGUUCGACAUUAUAGAGUUCGAUCCGGAAACGUUCCGAAUCCUGUUGGACUACCUGCACACUGGAUCCUGUCCGCUGACGUGUAGCAACAUACCGGGUCUGAUAUGCGCCGCGGAGCACUACGACCUGCCUGAGCUUCUUCAGGCUUGCUUCCAUCACGCCAAGCAGUUCCUCAGAAUCGAGAUCGUCUGCGUGAUGCUCUGUGCCCUCGAGAAUUACUACUGGCGCUACACGUCCGCCUCCGAACUGGUCAACAUGAUCCUCUCGUUCGUGGAGACUAGGGCCUACCAGCUCUUCCAGAACCCGGACUUUCUCACACUGAGCGAGUCGAUGGUGCAGAUGAUCAUGUGCCGUAGUCUCGAAGUGGUGGAGAUCAGGAAGUUCGAGGCGAUGUUGAACUGGGCGAAUCACAGAAUCAAAACCAAGACGAAGAUCGACGCCAAGGUGGAGUUCAAAUGUAUCAUGGAGAGGCUCAGUAGGGAUCUUAAAUUGUACAGGAUAACACCUCACGAACUGAUCAGGAUCGUGCUGCCGUCGAAGGCGAUAAAAAACGAACGUAUUCUCGAGACCCUGAUGUACCAAGCGAAUACGGGCAUCUACAGGAACGUCGAUAGCUACUUGGAGGCGUAUCAGAAGAAAGUGCAGAAUCAAGAUAGCUUCGACUGCGGGAUAUAAGAAUAUCGACGGAAACGCGCGAGAGACGUCGCGUAGAACGAUGUGUACCUGAAGAUAUCUUCCGACGAUCUACCGACGAAUUAUCCGACUACGGAAAUGUCUUAUUUCGUCUCGCGCCGCUCUCUGCAAUCUCAUGUCGCGCCGGUGACCGGCGGACUCAUUGCGCGCGAAUAAUCGCGCGAUCGCUUUUUUCCUUUUUGCGGCAGUGAUCUGUAAUUAGAGUGUCGAGCGAGCGCGAUAUUCGAUACGUAGGAGAGGAUAAUUACACUGCGGAGCCUGACAAGAGUUAUGAUAGAUUGCUCCGAGAUCGUAUAGGGUCGCUGUUGCUGAGCCACUCGACGAAUAAUGAGUUUAGAUACAGUCUCCGCUCCACUCGCGCAAACUUUGCUCGGUAUUCGCGCGGUAAUUCAAUCGCGUCUGGUGGCUCAAGCUGCCGCCCUUGUUUUGUUCACGCCAUCGAGGUAAAUCAUCCGGGGGAAAUAGCGACGUAAUCCCGAUAUCUUGCGACCGUUAUUUUCGUGAACGACCCGAUUAACUGCUUGAUGAAGAGAGAUCUUCAAGGGGAUGUAAAAAAAAGUAAAUGGACUUCUUUUCCCCCUUUCGAUCAAGAAGUUAAUCGAAUCAUUUGUGAAUAGCGACAGUCGCGGGUUGUUGAAAGGAACUUUCCACUUGUUCGACGAAUAUCAGGUAAAACUAGGUAAAGCUGUGAAAUAUUGGGUCCUGCGCCGGUAAAAAUAAAAGUUUCACGCGUGUCGCGUGAUUACAGAAAUUCUUAAGAUGUAUACGAAGGGAAUAGACUUUCCUUCCGAUUUUUAAGAUCUUAAGAUGUAAAAUUCGCCUUAUAACAAUGCUUCCUCAUGAUUUCGUAACGCGUUAGUUUAAUUUUAUAUCAUUGUCAUCAUAAGAUAACAUU